UGGACAAGCAACAUCGGAUAUCAUUAUUCAGCACCUGGAAAAUCUGCAACAGAAGCAGCAACGAAGUGCUAUCAACUUGCUAAGGAAAUCCGCACCGGACUUUGUGUUUUCAGUUUUUAUCCAUUCGCACAAAUCGAACAAAAAUGCCACGUUACCAGAAACUCAUCAACGAAUGCGACAGCAAAUCUGCUGCAAAUUCCGCCCCUCAACAGCAGCAGCCACUUAGGACGCCCAAUGUGGGAUAUCAUCUGUAUCUGUACCGCCAGCAACUUUCUCAGAAAAAUGUGGAGUACAUGAGGUUGUCCAAGGCCAAGUACUUCAUCACCGACACACUGCUGGCCAAAACGGUUCGGAAUUUGAAAGGAUGCAGCGUCGACGAAUUGAAGACUGUUAACCAUCAGAUCGUCUUCCGGCACAAACUGCGUCACCAGAUUCAGCGACUCCGCAAGCUGAGAAGCCUGGGUAUCAAGAAUGCCAAUCCCAAAAUGGAGAGCACGGAAUUGUGAUAGUAAUCAAUUUACAGAGGAUCUUCGGAGGAAAGAAUAUUUGCCAGCUAUGAUUUAAGCAUAGCUCAAAGUUAUUCUCUAUUAUCCUAACCCUUUUGGAAAUCUCAUUAGUUUAAGUG